UAAUAAGGCUAGUACUUAGAUAUUGUUCGCAGAAGCAUACUCAUGGACCUCUCGCCCUAAAUCUUUUCAGGUAUUGGUCAGUGACACACUACCACGUCUAAUUAACGCUUGUACCACUCUGCUACGUCCACUUUUCAGAUUGUCUCCGUUCAACAAGUAACCUUCCUUCUGCAACUGGAUUAUGAUUACAUGAUAUAUAAACCAUAUUUCCCCACAGCUUAUUUGCGCUGUGACUAUUGUUAAAAGAUAGAAAGAUUAUUAUAUUGAACACUGCUGUUUUAUCUCUUGAGGCCCUGCCAUGGCAAUGCUUUUGGGAAAUGCAACUCUGAUUCAUAUUCAUUGUAGACUCCACCAGGUUUGAUAUCCCAGAUGAAUUCUGUCCUGAUCAAUUAAAAGCUAUUACAGAACAGGUCCUUGACAGAAAGUGGAAAUGCACCAUUACAGAGGAAGAAAUAACUAAUAAAUAAAAAAAGGGGGUGAUGUCGGAAUGAUAAAACACAACGACAGAAACAAAAGAAAGUGACUGUGACACUAACAUAUUGGAAUAUAAAGGAAGCUGGGAAAAUUGUACUCUGUAAAUCUAAUCUCAAUUUCAGGAUGCCUUUGUGAACACACACACACAGAAAAAAAAACUUUUCACAAUAAGAGAAGUGUAGUAUUGCAAAUGAGGGGAAGUUUUAAAGAAAUGUCCUCACCACUAACUUUUUUCUGUACCAAACAGAUACUUAAAGAGCAUGAGACUAAACAGAGAAUUUUCACAUUAGCACAGAUGGUGUCUAAGUAAAGUACGUGCAGGGGAGGCACAACAUGAGCAGAGAGGCACACAAAAUGUACCUUACAUUUUGGAUUAUUGCAGUACCGUCCAUUGGGAUUUUACUCCACGGGACUAUGGCUUUCAACACUGCAGAGAAAGGAUUCCAAAUGUGUAUGACGUUGAGAGAAAACACAAAAGACUUACGCCACCACAAUCUCAAUGCAAUUCCACCGAACCUUCCAGCACAAACUGAAUAUUUGGACAUUUCUUAUAACAACAUUGCAAGAAUUGAAGAUGGACAGCUAAUUAAUCUUACCCAGCUUUGUUUCUUGAAAGCAACCAACUGUAAUCUUAGGUUUAUUUCUCCGGAUGCCUUUGCCAACAACAAGGAAAUCAAGGUGCUGAAUGUGUCCAACAAUCUUUUGAAAAUCAUCUCUAACAUGAACCUCAACACAUUAAGGGUCAUAGACCUUUCAGGCAACGAAUACUACGGCUAUGCGCUUCCAGAUCAUUUUUCCAAUUUUACACAUCUUGAGAUCCUUGCUCUUGGAAGUAAAAAUACAAUUUCACUGAAACUGAAAGACUUCACUCCUCUGAAAGACAUACAUUUAGAGCAGCUUAUUCUAGGUGAGGGCAUCCAGGUGCAAGAAUAUGAACCUGGAUCUUUAGCUCAGUUGAGGUAUCUGAAAAGAAUUACUCUAAAUGUGUCUUUUUGCCAGAGUUUUGUCAUUUUUGACCAAAUUCUUGUGGAUCUUAACCAAACACAAACACAGGAGCUGAGUUUAGUAAAGUUUGUUCCUGAUGAUUGUCAUGUGUUGGUUGAUCCUUUCACAGCUUUAAAGAACUUUGAUGGUCUAAGGAAAAUAACUAUAAUACAAACCUGGAUAAAUAGCACAGUCAUGGUCAAAUUACUAAAAAAUGUUUGGCAUUCUCCAAUUGAAGAUUUAACUUUUAUCAAUAUUGUUUACAAUGAAGACACUCCUGAUGGAAUGCAAUUCCCAAACCAGAAUACCACAACAAAACUCAAAUCAAUUACAUUUGAUGGCAUCAAGCAUUAUCAAUACAGAUACCCCAAAUUUAACAUUAGUGUGGAACAUUUCACACACUUGUCGUAUCUGAAGUUCUCAGGCACAGGAAUGAACAUUCUCCCCUGUAAUUUGAUCUCUGCCAUACCGUCAUUACAGAUAUUGGAUCUUUCGGACAAUCUACUGGAAGAGUCUGGUUUUUGGUGGCCCCUCUGCAAACCAACAGAGAUUUUCCCAUCCCUCAGACACCUCUCUUUGAGUCAUAACCGCUUCUUCGAUCUGGCUCUCAUCUCUAAGCAAUCCAGUCAGAUCAAACUCCUGGAAUCUCUGGACUUGAGCUUCAACUCCAUCCGCCUGACAGGCCCAUGCUCCUGGUCCCCUCACCUAACAGAGCUGAGUCUCAGCCACAACAACCUGGGCAAUGGUGUCUUCAAAUACCUCUCAACUAACUUCAAAAGACUUGAUCUCUCAAAAACUGGAAUUACCACCAUAAGCCAAAAAGUACUGUCACAAUUUCCCAGUCUGACACAUCUUAUUUUGAGUUCCAACAACAUUCAAGUCAUCCCAUUGAACCUCAGAGCACCAGUGCUGCAGGCCCUGUUCAUCGACCAGAAUGCAAUUGCAUACAUUAGCGAGGGUGUGUUGGACGGCUUGCCCAAACUGGAGACACUAGUUGCAGGGAAAAACCCAUUCAGCUGUACCUGUGAUUCUUACUGGUUCGUGACAGCCAUGAACAAGUCUCUAUUGCCAGACUGGCCCCUGGACUACAGUUGCAGUACCCCUCCAUCUUAUGCUGAUACAUCGCUGGUCAAUUUUAAGCCUGGAAAUCUGUCCUGCCACCCAUGGCUUCAGGCAGUUGUGUCUUUUUCGGUUUUAACCGUCAUUAUUGCCGUUUUUGCCAUCGUAUUUCAUGUCUGUGAUGGUGUUUGGUACACCAAGAUGCUGUGGGUUUGGAUCAGAGUCAAACGGAGAGCUCGUAAAGGGGAGGACAGGCUGUUGAAGGGUUCUUUCAACUAUCAUGCUUUUAUCUCCUACAGCCAACAUGACUCAGCCUGGGUGGAUACCCAGCUGGUGCCAACACUGGAGGGGACAGGUCUGUCACUUUGCAUUCAUGAACGUGACUUCGUACCGGGGCAGUGGAUUGUGGACAACAUCAUCAACUGCGUGGAGGCCAGCUAUAAGACCAUAUUCGUGCUCUCUCAGAACUUUGUUCAGAGUGAGUGGUGCAACUAUGAGCUCUUCUUUGCCCAGCACAGGGCCAUCAGUGUGGACCAAGACUCUGUGGUGUUUAUUCUGCUAGAGCCUAUCCCACCUGACUCUCUGCCCAGCAAGUUCUUGAAGCUGAGGACCCUUCUCAGGCAGCAGACAUACCUGGAGUGGCCUAAGGACGAAUGCAAAAAACAUAUAUUCUGGAGUAGUCUCAGAUCCAUGUUACAAAUUGGGGACAAGGGAAUUGCAUUGAGGAAUGUAGCAACAAAUAUAAUGGAUACAUGCUCCUUGUUAGCAAACGAAGGUUAAAAUCUGUAUGUAGAAUACAAUGUAAUAUGCAAAAAAGCUAAAUGUACAUAUAAAUGUAACUGCUUUGACAUGACUUGCUUACAUAUAAUCACAUUAUGUAUAUUUAUUUUGAUGUUCACAAGUAUCAACGUAAUUGCACACACAACAUGUAGCCUACUUAAAAUGCAUUGAGAAGAUCAUUUUAAAAGUUUCAGGCAAUUUGGAACAUUCAUCCUUUUAAUACACCUUUAUUAUCAUACAUUUUAAGUUUAACAGCCUUUUGCGUCAAACAUCCUGAGGCUCCACGGAAUUGAAAAUGUCUCCAUCUACUGUUAUAUUUAAG